CUUGCAGAUCAUAAAGUGACUGGAAUUUCCAUUGAAACAGAUAACAAAAAUGUAAAAGCAGAGGAGUUUAAAGAGGCUAUUCUUAGCUGCAAGCACAAAUUUUCGAAAGAGAUGAGUCUAAGAAUAGAAUGGAAGAAAAUCCGGUCCCGGGAAGUCUCAUUUGUUUAUUACAAUGGUGAAUUUACAGGUGACCUUAAAGACCGAGCAGAGAUGCUAAAUACAGGAAUCCAUAUCAGAAAUGUGACCAGAAAGGAUUCUGGGACCUACCGCUGUGAAAUUAGUGCAAAAAGUGAACAUGGUGCACGCUUGGGAGAGACUACUAUUAUGCUCACAGUGUUGGUUCCUCCAACCACUCCGAUCUGUGAGGUACCCAGCUCUGCAAUGACUGGAACAGUAGUGGAGCUGAGCUGUAAAGAAAACGAGGGGUCUCCUCCAUCCAGCUACCAGUGGUAUAAAAACGGCGUUGCCUUGCUGGAAAAGACGGGAACAGGUGGUGCGAGAGGAGCAAAUGUGACUUACACCAUGAAUAAAAAGUCAGGCACACUGCUAUUUAACACAGUUACAAGGAAUGACACUGGAGAGUAUUUCUGCGAGGCUUCCAAUGGGAUUGGAUUAGCUCAGAAAUGCGCAGUGAAGCGAAUGCAAGUGGAUGACCUUAAUGUAAGUGGUAUCAUUGCUGCUGUGGUAUUUGUGGCUCUGGUAAUGGCAUUAUGUGGCCUUGGAGUAUUUUAUGCCCAGAAAAAGGGUUACUUUGGAAAGGAAAGCUCUUCCCAAAAGAAGUUCAACUAUCAAUCUACAAGUGAAAAGGAUUUCAAGCAUACCAAAUCCUUUGUUAUUUAGAAGAUUUCAGCCUCUGUGAGGGACAGCAAAUGACUACUUGUUAUACAAAAUAUUAAAGGGAUCUUUUGACUUCCAUUCUGUAAAUAGUUUCCAUGUAUUACACACUGAAAAUAGAAACUGCUACUGUUUAGUUAACCCAUAGUGCAUUAGUU